UUUAGCUGCAUCCUUCUGUGCCCCUCGCAGAGCGUCUGGUGGAGAGCUUACGUCUGCCACAGGUGCCCAUCCUGCACGCUCAGGUCUUCCUGUUCUUCAGGGUGCUGCUGCUGCGCAUGUCCCCUCAGCACUUGACCUCCUUGUGGCCGACCAUGAUCACGGAGCUGGUACAAGUGUUUCUACUCAUGGAGCAGGAGCUUACCGCAGAUGAAGACAUCUCCAGGACUUCGGGUCCCGCCGUGGCUGGGCUGGAGACCACCUACUCUGGAGGAAACGGCUUCUCCACCUCCUACAACAGCCAACGCUGGCUCAACCUGUACCUCUCAGCCUGCAAGCUGCUGGACUUAGCUCUGGCACUACCAUCUGAGAGCCUGCCGCAGUUCCAGAUGUAUCGUUGGGCAUUUAUCCCUGAGGCAUCUGACGACUUGGGGCUGGAAGGGAGGCGGCAAGGAACCCAUCAGCGCGAAUUCAAGCCCUACGUGGUUCGACUGGCAAAGCUGCUGAGGAAGCGGGCCAAGAAGAAUCCGGAGGAAGAUUGCUCGAGCCGGACCCUCACGUGGGAACCGGGCCGCCUCCUGCUGACGCUCUAUGCCAUCCGAAGCAUGGAGCAGCUGCUGCCUUUCUUCAACCUGCUCAGCCAGGUGUUCAGCAGCAAGAUGGGAUGCCGCUCGGGCCCCGCCCCUGGCCCCGCCUUCAGCCCCGCCUACACCACCAAGGAUGGUAAGCUGGAGAGCCAGAAGGUGUUCUGGAGCCGUGCCCGGCAGGCCAUCGAGGAGAUGGUGGAGAAGGACUUCCUGGAAGGUCUGAUCAAGACGUGACGGGUCAAAUCUGAAGGACCCAACAGUACCACCUCAGAAAUUGCUAACUAAAGAAUCAACUUUGUAUAUCUUUCUUUUUGUAUGUAUAAUGCCUGUACUUUACCUUUCAGAAGCAGCACUAUUUAACUUAAAUGAUUUUUAUUUGUAUAUAUGGGGCACCUUUGUCCAUGUGUGGGCCUCCUUGGCCAGUGUGAACAUCACUGUAUCAUUCCAUAAUGUCCUGUCUCACUGAAUAAACCACUAUAAGAUCACUGUG